AUGAAGCUUAUAACCGAUGGAGUCUGGUCUCUUUCCAAGGAACACUUGAAGAUACUUAAGACUGCAGAAAGAUGCAUGAAAUCCCACACGACCAUCCCUUUUGACACGCUAAAGCAUCGAUCGCAGAUAAGAGGAAACUUUAUGGAGCAUGCGAUAGACCUAUGCAAAUUGAAAUUUCUCUCCUAUGUUGAGAAUGGAUACAAGCUAACGUAUUCUGGCCACGAUUGCCUUGCUAUCAACAGUCUGAGGCUACGCGGACUUGAGAUGAUGGGGGACAAGAUAGGGGUUGGAAAGGAGUCCGACAUCUACCUUGGGGUGUACUGUGGAAAAGACUCUAUACUAAAAUUCCACAGGCUCGGAAGGUCCAGCUUCAGGAAUGUCCGAAAGAAUAGGGAGUAUGCUAGCGAGAGAGUCGAUUGGCUUGGCCUAUCCAAAACAUCCUGUAAAAGAGAAGUUGCAUACCUAGAGAAGUUCAAGGACAUGAAUGUCCCUGCAGUGCUUGACUAUGACAGACAUGUUAUUGUGCAAGAGUUGCUAGACUAUCUUCCUCUUUACAAGACGUGUGUGUCCGAUGUAAGUACGAUCUUUUGGCUUAUGAUAGAGUUUAUCAAAGACUUAUGGAGAAGAGGAUAUGUGCAUGGAGACUUUAAUGAAUUCAAUGUUUUAGUGAAGGACGACAUAAAAGUCAUAGACUUUCCUCAGUGUAUUCGGAAUAGUGAUGAAAGAGCAGUGCAUUACCUCAGAAGGGACUUUGAGUGUGUCCUGACAUAUUUCAAAAAAAAAUAUAGAUACGAGCCGGAAUACGGAUUGGAUACCUUCAUGAGUGAAUUAGGCAUCGAAGACCAUCCAUGCAAAUCUCACGGCACAACCCCUGAGGACCUAUCUACCUUCUCAGCUGAUGAGGGUGACAUCCAAAAAGAAGAAAGGCUAUUGGAAUCAAGGAUAGAGGAAGUUUCCAUUUUCUCUCACGAAGGCUGA